AUGGAGGGAAUUGUUGCAACUAAACCAGAGGACUUCAAUGCUGCUCCUGAUGGAGGUUGCCUGCAAAGGAAGAUAGAUGAGCUGAAAGACAAGCUUUGCCAGUUCAAAGAAACGGUGACAGAGUACGAAAAUGUGAAAAGAAAGAUUGAUGCGGAUAUUUGGAAAGAAGCAAAGGUAGUUGGAAUGACUACAACAGGGGCCGCAAAGAACUAUGAACUAUUGGAGUUGCUUAAGCCGCGCAUUGUUGUCAUUAAAGAGGCGGCAGAAGUUCUUGAAAGUCAUACAGUUACAUCAAUACAUCCGGGAUGUGAACAUCUUAUUCUGAUUGGAGAUCACCAGCAGCUUCGUCCCAAUCCAAAUGUGUAUACUUUAGCCAAAAGAUACAAACUUGAACUUUCAUUAUUUGAGAGAAUGGUUAACAAUGGACUCAGAAUCAACUGUCUAACAAUUCAGCAUCGAAUGCGGCCCUGUAUUUCGAGACUGAUGAGACACAUUUACCUUCGUCUUGAUGACCAUCCCAAAGUUUCCACCAUUGAAAACAUAAAAGGUAAUGCCAAGAACCUGUUUUUCAUCAGUCACUCUGAAAACGAAGGCAACAAAGAAGAUUCAAUGAGUCACUUCAAUGAAUUUGAGAAAUGGAUUUGUAAACAGAGGGAUUAUUUCAGUGAACAAGAAACAUCUGAUGCAGAAAAGGAACUGAGGCGUCAGACGUUACUAUUGACCCUUCUAAAUGUUCUGGAACAUGCUAACAUCAUCAACAGGAAGGAAGAGAACUUUCCUUCUGCUGAUAGGGAAGUUGAGCCUGAUUCUAAAUACCCGAUGCUGAGCGACGUGCUGUGGAGAACGGCAUUAGACUCUUACGGUCACACGUUCUUUGAGGGCAGCCCGUACAAGAAAGCCAACCUGGAUGAAGUCAAGUGUCCUGCAUGUAUCGAAGCUUUGCAGUUGCUUCACUCGGCUAACAUCACAGGUGGAAACAUUACGUGUAACCUUUUUCGACGGAUGAACGUCUCAGCUCGAAUCACAUUCAAACUGCGACACGGCAAUGUUCGCUGA